CAGUGCUGGGUUGCUGAGAGAGGUUGAUGGCAGAAGAGGUGACCUAUGCAGAUAUCAAAUUCUCUAAAAUCCCAGGAGAGGGGGGUACAGGAGCUCCCAAUUCAGCAGCAGCCAGCACCCCUCCAACACACAGAGCAGUUCCCCCAGUCCAGUCUAGUUCUCGUUCCAGCGUCAUCAUUGCUCUGGGAGUUGCAGUGUGUGUCUUGCUCUUAACAGUCAUUGGCAUGGGGAUAGCAAUUCUGCUAUGUCACAAUCACAGUGAACCCGAUGGCAGGAAACCACUUCAGCUGGACACCAGUGACUCCAGCAAGUACAAGAAUGGCCUCAGGAAGAUAUUCUGUGUGGAUCCUAACACUGGCAAGGAAGCAGAGCUUUGUGAAUUGUGUCCGGAAGGGUGGAAGAAGGGAUAUAAUGGAAGCUGCUACUUCAUUUCCACACAGUAUAAUUCUUGGAACUCUGCUAGUGAGUCCUGUUCAAAACUCGGGGCUCACCUUGCUGUGAUUGAGGACAAGGAAGAACUGGAAGUCAUAUACAGUGCUGCAAGAAGAGGUUACCGUUACUGGAUUGGACUCAGUAGAAGAGAAGAGGGAGACUGGAAAUGGUGUUGGAUUGAUAACACUCAGCUUGAUAAGAAGGUUUCAUUUACACCAAUCCAAAACCAGCAUUGUGGAUACAUGUCCUAUGGUUCUUUAUAUCCAGGGGAAUGUCAAACACUUAAUCAGUGGAUCUGUGAGCAGGAGGCUGUGCGUGUUUGAGUGGAUCCACAGACUCGUCAGGAACAAAGAAGAUAUUACUUCAUCCGGCUUAAAAAAAAAAAAAAACCCUAAAUGAAUUAACGAAAUGACCCAACCAAAUUGUAUAUACGUGGAUACUGUAUAGGUAUAUUCAAGGGUUUGUAUUCAAAAUUAUAUUUAGAACAUUACGAAAAUAAAUCUAUUAUUUCCAUUAGUGCAAACGAGGCGGUUUACCAGAAGUUAAUUGUAUCUUUUUUAUGUUUUAUAUUUAUCAUACCAUUUUCCCAAAACAAUAUUAUCAUAUUAAAAGUGUGUCUUUCAUUGAAUUGUUCUAAUGGUGAAGCUUAUCUACUUUUUAAUAGUUAGUAUGAGGUUUGCUUUACAUUGAAUAUGGAUUAUACAUAUUGUGAUAAAGCCCCUUAGUGUCAGGUUAGGUCCGGGACUUCACCACUGUUUUAUGUGCCAAUCAACUAGGGAUUCGAAACGGAACCGGAACGAUAAAUGAAAAAAACAAACAAACAAACAAACAAACAAAAACGCAAACUUUUCAUGAAACAGAAACAAGAAACUUAAUGAAAUUAUUUAUUACGUUCUGGAACGAAAACGAUAUUCAACAUUUUGUUGAUCGUUUAGUAGCGUUUUUUUCCGUUCCUUUCAUCAGUAUGUUCUCUUUGUAUGUCUGGUCCUAUGGAGUAAUAGCGCCUCCAAAGUAAGAAGGAAUGAAAACACACACAAUUCUUAACAAGAAUACAUACCGUACUAAUACGGACAGACAGAAAGAAGUGACCUGACAUGCAGAGCAUGCAGGUGCUGAAAGUCAAAAACAAAAUAAAAAGGCUACGAAUUUUUAACUACUGAUUCCGGGAAAGCGGCAAUGCCAGCUUUCAGCACAAAGGGCAGGGUAACUAGCAGUAGCUUAUGCUGCACUUUUUAUAAGAAGACAGGGCUCAAUGCACUACAGAGUUCUUACCUUACCAGUGUGAGAAGCGAAAGAGGGUGAUUCUUCCCCUGCGUGACGGUUAAGUAACCUUGGGAGGCGGGACCGAGGAUGUCAAUGGGGGGAAGGGGGCCAAUCGGCAGCUUUGACAUAGGAGCUCAGUGACACCUACCAGUAGGCAGGAGUGUAACCCAUAACCAUGUUUGGUGGACAUCUUCGAAUUGAAAGGGAACACCACUUUUUUGCUGUGUAUUCCUUACUGCAUUAAUCGGUGGUCACCUUUACAUUAAAUGCACAGGCGACGGGAGCGGUUCCUGCACCAAUACCCCGCACACACACUUAAUUAAAAAAAAAAUGAAGACCUAUGAACACCAAUAUAAUAGCCUACUUGGCUAGAAAAAAUAAAUAAAUGAAAUGUAAUUUAAUUUCGUUCGAACCGUUCGGAACUGGAACGGAAAAGAAUCCAGUUCGAAUCCCUGCAAUCAACAUGUUAUAGUCACCAAGUAUAUUUUAAGCAUGUACGUGCACUUUUAUUAAACACAAAAGAAAAAAACAAACACCUAGUGCUUCUUGGGCCAUAAACUUAACAAUUGUUUCCCUACCCUAAUGGAAAAAAAACACAUGCAGUUAACAUGUGAACCACAUGUUAUCAUAUGUGUUUUUGAUGUUUUCAUAUGUGUUAACAUGUGAUCACAUAUAAAUUACACAUUUUUUCAACAAAUCCACAUGAUAACCACAUGUGGUUGGUGAAUAUUUACCAAUCUCAUGUGGUUGGCUGGUACAACAUGUGAAUAUUUAUCAGUCUCAUGUGGUUGGCAGGUAUAACACGUACAUUUACCUCAUGUGAUUGUAGGAUUUAGAUAUGAAACACAUCAAAACAACAUGGGUUCCUUCUUCAACAUGAAAGGCAAGCAGAGGUACCUGUGUAACAAUUAUUAAUGUAAUAAUGGUCAAUAAUGUAAUAAUUGUUUGCCUAUAAUGUAAUAAUCACCCAAUAAUGUAAUAACUAAAUUGAUAAUAUAAUAAAAAUCUCUGCCGGAUAAUGUAAUCAUUCUUCAUUGAUAACGUAAUAACUCUGCCUGCAUGAUAAUAUAAUACCCUGAUAAUAUAAUACCGUGCCAACCGAUAAUGUAAUAACUGGCAUAUCGGAGCUAUGAAGUAUACUAAGUAAUUUAUUAAAUUAUCAGUUAGAAGGGUAUUACCUUAUCAUGCAGAAAUGUUCGUUUAUUGCUGGUAUCUUAAAUAUUGUUUUUAAGUCGUUCACGCCGUUGUUAUCGAUGGUUGUCCAUUGUAAACGCACAUGAUAUUAAAAAAUAGUGAACCACCAGCUAUACCGCAAAUUAGAUAACGAUUGAGAGCGAACAGCCAAUCAGCUUCCAUCUAGCGGGCUUCUAUUUUACAUAGAUGCAAGCUGGAACGCUGGAGUGCCUUCUAAAUAUUAUAGGCUGAAGCAGUUUUGAGUGAGGGCGGAUAUUUAUUGAUUUAAAUAUUAGUUUGUGCUCCCAUUGGCUAGAAAGCCUGCAGUGUUUUCGGCAAAGUGCGUGAUCGAUAGUUGGAAGUUUGUCUGGUUGUUGGGAAGUUUGUCAGGUGAAUUGGAAAAUUGCAGGUGCGUAUAGCCUUUCGUAUUAAUGAAUUGACAAAAUAAUUAAUUAAUUAUUAGGUGAAUUAACAAAUACGUUUUCGAAUUACUGUAUGAAUUGACAAAUUUAUGGACGAAUUGCUGGACAAAUUGACCAACAAAUUGACAAAUCCACGAAUUAACAAAUAAAUUGACAAACAAAUUGACAAACUAACGGCCAGAUAGUUUUGGCACAAAUGGCGCUCCAUGUGACUGGUAGAACACGGAUUACUCAACACUAAGAUGCCCAAAGACGGAUGGCGGCUUAUGCAGUGAGUGAUAAGGAACGUUGUAUCACAGUGACCUUAUUGUGUUGUAUAGUUUAAUUAGUACUUGAAUUGUAAUUAAUUAAAAAAAAAAAAUUGUUUGUUUGUUUUAAAAUAUGGCUUUGUUAAAUGUCUUUAUUUAGCUACUUCACUUCAUACUUUUAGCUGUAUAAAAAUGGCAAAAAAGAAUUUUAAGAAAUUUAAGCAGCCUCAGUUUGUAUUUAUUUAAUUCAAGCAGGGCCUAAACAAAGUUUAUCAGAAUGACAACUGUCAUUUUGAGAUAAUACAAUCAUAUGAAUAUCUUCGUAGGA